GAGCCCGCGCCAACACUGCCCUCCAUGGAAGGGGGACGGGAGCCGGGGAGCAGCCGCUGGCCCCAGGGCGGAAGAUGCAGGGCCGAAGCCCCCAGCUGAGCAUGGAGCUGAACAGACUGCUCCUCCUCACAUCCUUCCUCCUGCACGUGAAGGAAGACCAUGCCAGCCCAACACGUCUGGUCUGUGACAACAGGCUCAUCCAGAAGUACAUCCUGGAGGCCAAAGACAUGGAGAAGAAAGUGGGCCAGUGCCAGGCCCUGCCUGUGCUCAGCUGCCCCGCGGUGCUGCCCUUGGUGGACUUCAGCCUCCAACAGUGGAAAUCCAAAUCGAACGAGACAAAGCGGCGGGAGAUCCUGUGUGACCUGGCCCUGCUGGUGGGUGCUGCCACAGGGGCCCUGGGCCAGGUGAGCGAGGAGUGCGGGGCCAGGCAGCUGAGCCAGCUUUACCGACACGCCAACUCCUUCUUCCUGCUCCUGCAGACCUUCAGCUGGGAGGCAGGACACUGGGAGCUGAGCUGCUCCCCACACUCCAUGGAGCAGACCCACAUCACCAGUGUCUUCCUCACCUACCGGCAGCUGGUGCAGGGCAAGCUGCGCUUCUUCUUCCACGACCUGGCCAAAGUCUUGUGCAAGCAAGGACAGGGGGGCAGCAGAGACCCUCCAUGCGGGGCCCGGUGAAGCUGCACACAGGGUUCACCCCAAUGUGACUUUGGAGCAAUCCUGCUGGACACUGAGCUGUGCUCUGGGUGCCCAGGAAGAUGCCCACAAGGAAAGGGUUGGCUCCUGUUCCUCAAGUCUUCAGAGACCAUGCAACCCACAAAGGCAAAGAGCAACACCCACGUGCUGGCGGGCACAGGCCCUGCUCCCACCUGGGCAGGCACCUCUACUGUGAAUGCUUUUCGAUUAAAGAG